AUGCCAUUGAAAAUCACUCAAUUUCUUUUCGCACUCGGAUUUUUCACUCUUCCGACAAAGCGAUCAUUUCAUUUCGCGAUGGCGUGGAGAAGUAGCGGGAAUACGAACGCCGAAUUGGUGGCCAAUUUGCGAAAGAGCCGUAUUUUCACGGACGAUCGAAUUGAGAAGGCGAUGUUGGCGGUGGAUAGAGGAGAUUUCACAGGACAUCUCCCAUAUCAAGACAGUCCACAGGGGAUUGGAUGGAAUGCCACAAUAUCGGCACCACAUAUGCAUGCAGCCGCCUUGGAGGGCCUAAAAGAUCACCUCAAACCGGGAGCCCGUGUGUUGGAUGUCGGAUCGGGGAGUGGAUAUCUGACUGCUUGUUUUGCGAGAAUGGUUGCUCCAAAUGGUAAAGUGAUUGGUAUUGAGCACAUUGAUCAAUUGGCUGAUGUGAGCAAAGUGAACAUUCAAAAGCAUCACAGUGAUAUGUUCACAUCGGGUUUACUCGAGAUCAUUGUCGGUGAUGGCCGAUUGGGACAUGCGAUUCCUGGGGGAUACACGGCAAUUCAUGUGGGAGCUGCUGCUGAGACUGUUCCACAACCGUUAAUCGACCAAAUGGCUCCCGGUGGUCGGAUGUUGAUCCCGGUUGGGCCUCAACACGGGAAUCAGGUUUUCCUCCAAAUCGAUAAAUCCUCCAAUGGGCAAGAAAUCACGAAAAAAGUGAUUGAACAUGUCAUUUAUGUGCCACUCACAAGUAAAAGCCAUCAAAUUGGUGGAUCG